AAGUCUGUUAAUUAAAAAAAAAAUUUAAGCUAAGUUUAGGGUUCACAGAACACAGCCGUUCAAGAGCGGGGGAUUUUUCUGCAAUAUUGAAAACUGUACAAUAAUAUUCUUGUAAACCUAUUUUAUUACAAUAUUACCCUGAAAUUGCCCAUGUCCCCUGCUUCUCACAAUACAGACGGAGGCAGAGGCACAAACAAAAAAACGUUCUAAACCCCAAAUAAACCCUUUCAUCACCGCCGCCGCCGCCGUCUCUCUGCACCGUCGCCUUGCGUCAGAAAGAUAUUGCAGCUGUAUCACGGUGCGAGAUGGAGAAAAGUCACGACAGUGAAGCUCUUCCAAACAGCAAGCCUUCCACCGAACAGGACAUUAUUGAUGAGCUAAAAUUGAGAUCAAAGAAGUAUCUCAGAGGAGAAGGUGGUAAUUUGAAGGGUUUAAAGGAUAAAAAGCUUAGGAGUCAGUUAGUUGCUAGAGAGAAAUUAUAUGGAGAAUCUGCGAAAGCUGCUGCCAAGGCUGAGAAAUGGAUUUUGCCUAGUGAUCAAGGUUUUUUGGAGGCUGAAGGCAUAGAAAAGACAUAUAGGAUUAAGCAGGAGACAAUAGCCCGUGAAGUCGAUAUUUUAAGCUCAAGGAACCAAUAUGAUAUUACUUUACCAGAGCUUGGUCCAUAUACUCUAGACUUUACUUCAAGUGGCCGGUAUAUGGCUGUUGGCGGUCGUAAGGGCCACCUAGCAAUUGUGGACAUGAUGAAUCUGAGCCUGAUCAGAGAGCUUCAGGUAAGAGAAACUGUGCGUGAUGUGGUAUUCUUACAUAAUGAGCUCUACUUUGCUGCUGCCCAGAAAAAGUAUUCAUACAUAUAUAAUAAUGAUGGCACAGAGCUUCACUGCCUAAAGGAACAUGGUUCAGUGUUGAGGCUGCAGUUUCUGAAACACCAUCUUCUCCUGGCUUCUACCAACAAAUUUGGGAUGCUUCUUUAUCAGGAUGUUACACUGGGUGAUUUAGCUGGGAAAUAUCGAACUGGUUUAGGACGUACAAGUGUGAUGGAAGUAAACCCUUACAAUUCGGUUGUUUCUUUAGGUCACUCAGCCGGUACAGUUACUAUGUGGAAGCCAACUAGUUCUUCUCCCCUUGUCAAGAUGCUAUGUCAUCACGGGCCAGUCUCAGCACUGGCAUUUCACCCAAAUGGCCACACAAUGGCCACAGCUGGUAAAGAUAAAAAAAUUAAACUUUGGGACUUGAGGAAGUAUGAGGCUUUUCAAACAUUACCAGGCCAUGCAAAUAGUUUGGAGUUUAGUCAAAAAGGCUUGCUUGCUUGUGGUAAUGGUUCAUAUAUCCAGGUUCUUAGGGAUGCUUCUGGUGCACAGAACUAUUCAAGGUACAUGACUCAUUCAAUGGUAAAGGGUUAUCAGAUAGGGAAGUUAGCUUUCCGACCAUACGAAGAUGUUCUAGGCAUAGGGCAUUCAAUGGGUUGGUCUAGUAUUCUUAUUCCAGGAGCAGGAGAGCCCAACUUUGAUUCAUGGGUUGCGAAUCCAUUCGAAACACCUAAACAGAGAAGAGAAAAGGAAAUAAAGUCUUGUAUUGAUAAGCUUCGAUCCGAGACAAUCAUGCUAGAUCCCAGCAAGAUCGGUACUGUGAAAUUUACUAAAAAAGAGAAGCCAACUGUGGAAGAGAUGGAUGCUGACAUGGAAGCUGCUGUUGAAGCUGUCAAGGGCAAGAAACUGAAAAAGAAAACAAAAGGAAGAAGUAAGGCAGGUAAAAUAAUGCCAAAAAAGCAAGAUGCAAUUGCCACUGCAAAGAGGCCUUACUUAGAGCAGAAAAUUCAAGAAGAGAAAAACAUAUCUAGUAAGAAACAGAAAACUAAUGAGGGAGUUGAACUACCAAAGUCCUUACAGCGGUUUGCUCAUAAGAAACCAUCAUCAUAAUUAAACUUGCCAAGUUAGUCGGCAUUUUGAGGUUUUAUUGUCGUGUAAGCUUUUUAUUUGUAUUUUGGGUUCUCUUUGAUAUUUGUAGCCCUUGGCCUUAGAAAUCGAUAUUUAUUGCCUUCCAGGUAAGGCAUAUCCAAUUUUUGCCUUUAA